CCGACCGCGCGAUGGGGGCUGGUACGGGUCCGGUUGUAUGAUGCUCUUACAGCUCUCCCCCGCGCGCGCGCGAAAAGAAGCCCAAUUCAUCAACAAGCAAAUGCGCGCGGGCGCGGCCAUGUCGGCGGACCCCCAGCUCCUUGCGGCGGCGGUGGAGGCCGCGAUCGCGUCGCGCUCCCCGCGGCUCGGCCGUGCCGCGCACGCGCGCGCCCUGAGGCUGCUGUCGCCGGGCAUCCCGCCCUUCAUCUGCGCGCACCUUGUCAACCUCUAUUCCAAGCUCGACCUCCCCGCGGCCGCCGCAUCCGCCCUCGCCUCCGACCCCAGCCCCACCGUCGUGUCAUUCACGGCCUUCAUCUCCGGUGCCGCGCAGCACGCGCGCCCGCUCCCCGCCCUCUCCGCCUUCGCCGCCAUGCUCCGCCUCGGCCUCCGCCCCAACGACUUCACCUUCCCCUCCGCCUUCAAGGCCGCCGCCUCCGCGCCCCCUCGCUCCGCCGCCGGCCCGCAGAUACACGCGCUCGCCAUUAGGUUCGGCUACCUCCCCGCUGACGCCUUCGUCUCGUGCGCCGCGCUGGACAUGUACUUCAAGACCGGCCGCCUUGGCCUGGCUCGCCGCCUGUUCGAGGAAAUGCCGAACAGAAACGUGGUGGCGUGGAACGCAGUGAUGACCAACGCCGUGCUCGACGGCCGGCCCCUCGAGACGGUCCAGGCUUACUUUGGGCUUCGGGAGGCUGGCGGGAUGCCGAAUGUCGUCUCGGUCUGUGCGUUCUUCAACGCCUGUGCCGGGGCGCUGCUCCUGUUGCCUGGGUCACAAUUCCAUGGGUUCGUGGUCAAGUGCGGUUUUGACAUGGAUGUCUCAGUGUCGAAUGCGAUGGUUGAUUUCUAUGGGAAGUGCCGAUGCGCGGAGAAGGCAAAGAUGGUGUUUGAUGCGAUGAGAGUCAGGAACAGUGUAUCAUGGUGUUCCAUGGUUGUUGCAUAUGCACAGAACGGGGCAGAGGAGGAUGCUUUUGCUGUGUACCUGGGUGCGAGGAGGGCGGGGGAAGAGCCGACUGACUUCAUGGUCUCCAGUGUGCUCACUACAUGUGCAGGCCUGCUAGGCCUUGACCUUGGGCGUGCUCUGCAUGCAGUUGCUGUACGCUCUUGCAUCGAUGCAAACAUCUUUGUUGCAAGUGCAUUGGUUGACAUGUACGGCAAGUGUGGGGGUGUUGAAGAUGCUCAACAUGUCUUUUCAGAUAUGCCACAGCGGAAUCUUGUCACAUGGAAUGCGAUGAUUGGAGGGCAUGCCAACAUCGGUGAUGCUAUAAACGCACUUGCGGUGUUCAGUGAUAUGAUAGCGAGUGGAGAGACAGCACCUAACUACAUCACACUUGUAAAUGUGAUCACAGCCUGCAGUAGAGGAGGUUUGACCAAGGAAGGCUAUGAGCUGUUUGAGACAAUGAGGGAGAGGUUUGGGAUAGAACCACGGACUGAGCACUAUGCUUGCGUGGUUGACUUGCUUGGGCGUGCAGGAAUGGAAGAGCGAGCUUAUGAGAUUAUACAGAGGAUGCCAAUGAGACCUUCCAUUUCUCUCUGGGGAGCACUACUUGGGGCAUGCAAGAUGCAUGGGAAGACGGAGCUGGGAAGGAUUGCAGCUGAGAAGUUGUUUGAACUUGACCCUCAGGACUCUGGCAAUCACGUGCUGCUCUCGAACAUGCUCGCAUCAGCUGGCAGGUGGGCAGAAGCAACUUAUGUAAGGAAGGAGAUGAAAGAUGUCGGAAUCAAGAAAGACCCAGGGUGUAGCUGGAUCACUUGGAAAAAUGGUGUGCAUGUUUUCCAUGCCAAGGACACCAAACAUGAGAUGAAUAGCGAGAUCCGGGCAUUACUGGCCAAGCUUAAAAAACAAAUGCAAGCUUCUGGGUACAUGCCAGACACACAAUAUUCACUUUAUGAUCUUGAGGAAGAAGAGAAAGAAUCAGAGGUGUUUCAACAUAGUGAGAAGCUUGCCCUGGCCUAUGGACUCAUUCACAUUCCGCCUGGUGUACCUAUAAGGAUCACAAAGAACUUGAGAAUAUGUGUGGAUUGUCACCGAGCUUUCAAGUUUAUAUCUGGUAUUGUUGAUAGAGAGAUAAUUGUGAGGGACAAUAAUAGGUUUCAUCACUUUAAACAGUAUGAAUGUUCAUGCAAGGAUUACUGGUGAAAACUCUGUCCAUGUGAUACAGAAAAGCAAGAAGAAACAGCGGAGAAGAUCAAGAGCUGGGUGAGGAUUGCCACGAAAAAUCUCAUCGGCUCCAUCAUCUCUGGCGGCACCGACCUCGACCUCGUGCUUGCCCACACGGUCUACUUCAAGGCCAAGUGGUGUGGUGCAGUAUGCUUGAGACACACCGGGUGAGGCUGGGCACUUUCACUGGCUGGAUGCCUUGAUGGCAGCCGCGUUUGAUGCACAGGUCAUGUGGAAGCCCAUGUACGACGCGCAUCCAUGAACGGGUUCAAGGUCCUGAAGCUCCCUUACAGGCAUGACUGAGACGACGAACCCAUGUUCCCAUACCAAUACAGCCAAGGCGCUGCGGCCGGCGAGGCUUCAUCUGACGCGGACAACACGCAUUAUUCAGUGUACCGCAAGGCUGGAGUACCUGUACAGCAUCACACCCAAGACGGCAGCCGCCAACCGUUGGUCUGCCCUAAUUCGAGGUAAACUUGAAAUGGGACCUCCAUCUGCUUGGGCUCACGCUACCGAGACGACCUGCCGAGCAUGUGCCAAUGUGCCAGGACCACGACAGGCGGCCGACAUUGCUGAGAAAGAGUGUGCACCAAGCAGUCGUCAAUGUGGACGAAGAAGGAACUGAGGCGGCCAUGAUCAUAAUUGGGGUCAUACAAUGUACUGGGAAGCCACCAAGCAACGAGUUCGUCUCCGACCAUCCCAUCACUUUCUUCAUGAUGGAGUAGAGGGUGAUUGUGUUUGCCGGCAGGAUCAAGAUUUUAGAAACUUCAGGCAUUGGCUAUCUGCUUCUUUUACUUUUGCAUCUAGCUGUCUCUGAUGUUUUCAGAACAAUCAAGCAAAACCAGAAUGCAAACAUUUCAGUUCCAUGUAUUUUUACAAUCAACUGUGGGAUAUGGUACUUCGGAAUUUUGAUGAAAAGAUCAGUGGCAUGUAUCUGUAAAA